CGAUCGUUUCAUGUCGUUUUUUAUGUGUAGAUUUGUGUUCGACGGUCCCGACCUACAAGCUUGAUCAAUGUGUGAACGUUUAAGACCAAUGACCUCAUCUGGCGUGGAGUGUUAAAGUGUAUUAGAAAUCACGUAAAGUGUGAGUAAUGGAUUCUGCAUCAGUUUGGUCACAAUGAAUACGUCGUGGCUCUAAAAACUCACCACGGAUUGCUUCAGUGGUUGUGGAGACGAGAUUGAUGCUGUAGAAACAGUUAGAGUAAGAUUAAAGGAGAAGGUGUAAGCAUGGGGGCAUUCCUAGACAAGCCCAAGAUGGAGAAGGAGAACGAAGUAGGAUGCGGAAACGGAUUAAGAUUUGCUCUGUGUAGCAUGCAAGGCUGGCGGGUCGAGAUGGAAGACGCACACACAGCCGUCAUAGGUUUGCCUUUCGGCCUCAAAGACUGGUCUUUCUUCGCCGUCUACGACGGUCAUGCGGGUUCUAAAGUUGCUAAGUAUUGCGCCAAAAACUUACUGGAGGAGGUUACUUCGAAUAAGGACUUCAAAGGGAACGAAAAACCCGGCCCGAACUUUCAACCGACCGACGAGAGUGUGAAAACAGGAUUGCGGACUGGCUUUCUCAGUAUUGAUAAGAAGAUGCGCGAUAUCUUGGCGCGGGAUAACGACAAGAGCGGGUCGACGGCUGUUGGCGCGAUGUUGUCGCCGAAAAGUAUUUUCUUUGCAAAUUGUGGGGAUUCUCGCGCCGUCUUAAGUCGCGCCGGUGGAGUGUGCUUCUCAACAGAGGAUCAUAAACCGAGCAAGCAGAAUGAGAAGAAUCGUAUCGAGAAGGCUGGUGGAACUGUCAUGAUCCAGCGAGUCAAUGGAUCGUUGGCCGUAUCGAGGGCCCUAGGAGACUUUGAAUAUAAAAAUAACGUAGGAAUGGGCUCGACGGAGCAACUUGUGUCCCCCGAGCCGGAUGUGAAGGCGAUACAGCGGAGUAGGGAUGAUGAAUUUAUUGUGCUAGCUUGCGACGGGAUCUGGGAUGUGAUGAGCAACGAGGAAGUCUGUAACUUUGUGCGGUCACGUCUUGAACUGACGGAUAACCUGAAGGAAGUCUGCAACAUGGUGGUGGACACGUGUCUAUGCAAGGGAAGCCGCGAUAACAUGAGCAUCAUUAUCAUCACAUUUGAGAAUGCGCCUAAGAUUAGCGAGGACGCCAUGGCCAAGGAAGCGGAGUUAGACAAAACCCUGGAAGCUAAAACCAAAGAGAUAAUGGAUAGUUUUGGUGAGCGAGUGGGCAUUGAUCUGGUCAUGCAUGUAAUGACAACCACUGAGAUUGAAGGUUUACCACCCGGUGGAGGAAUACAAGCAAAGAAAUCUACCAUUGAAUCCAUCGUCAACAGAUUAAAUUCAGAUCAGAAACAAGAUGAGAGAUGCGGCUAGUCAUUGCUCAAGUCUGGCAAGAAUUCACAAGUGAAGACAAAUCUAAGACCGAUUUUAGUUGAAUGGUCAUCAGUGACUGCAGACAAUGAUGUCAACCAUCCACCUUCCACUUCAUCCACUACAACCCACCUUCCAACCCAUCAUCCCAUUCCCUCUGGUAGCAUGUCUUGAUUCACGCUCUUCUUUGUCCCCUAGGAAGCGUCGGACGAUGCCUGGUAAGUUUCCUUGAUCCGUGGUGUGGCCUGAGGAUGUUGUGUAUCUGCGGGGUUGUCUGACGAUCUUCUUGACUUUGUCGCCCUGAUGGGAAACCACUGCGGAGAUCUCAUGCAAUUAGCCAUUUUAAGGUAUGGUGGACACAUAGGGCCUACUCAAUAGACCAAUCCGACAAAACGAAAUUGGUCUGUGAGUUUGUGCGUGUGGGUGUGUGUGCAUGCACCAUAUAAAUCAAACCAGGAACGCUGCAUGCUUCAUUGACAUACGGGUUUCAACGCGCAUACGGCCUGUCCCACAGUAUGGCCACUGUCAUAGCAACAAAGGGAAAUGGGUUAUUCGAUACAGUCCAUAUAGGGCACUAUUUGGUUUGGGUAAAUUUGUCUGAAAACACCCAAACCGGUGUACUCUCGCUGCGUUUUCACUUUGAUGCAGCGCGCGGAACCCUUUCUCAAAGUCUGCAGUGCUUGACUGGAAGCUCAGUUGAGUGAGAGGUUGUCUUCAGCUGACACCUUCUCAUCAGCGUCUUAAGCUCAGUAAAACGGAAGCGCAGGGCGUAAUCAUAAGUCGAAGUGUCGCAGAGAGUAUAAACCGGCCUUUAUAACGUCCACCAUACCUCAAAAAGGCUUAUGAACAUUGUCAAGAAGUACACUGGAUGCUUGUAAUUCAGCGACUUCGUCUCCGCCAGAAUUAAUCGUGGACAAAAUAUCCACUGCUGCCACUGUCGCCAAUGAUGGAUGCUCUAGGUGGACGAGAACUUGUAUAUAUAUUCAGUUUUAUGUGGUGAGCCAAAACUGCUUUUUAGUUCUCUACAAGGGAUCAAUUAGGGGACUUUUAGGAUGCUAGGGGGAGGCAGACUUUUCCUGGUAAACUCCCAUUGUUUUUGGUAAUGUGCGCGUGUCCAGAGGUAAAGAAACGAUGAAAAUUUACUUGGCAAGUCUGCUGCCACCUAGCGCUUCAAAGUCUCCCAUUAGUACAGCGAUGUGGAAAUGCUGCCUAUAAAGACAGUGUAUUCUUUUGGUAAUUGUCAAAGACCAGUAUCCCCCAUUUGUUGCAUCCCAACAAAUGAUAAAAUAAUAAACCUGUGAAAAUUUUGGCUUGACUGGUCAUCGAAGUUUCAAGAAAAUAAUGACAGACAAAACACCCUUGUUGCAUAGAAUCGGGUGCGUUCAGAGUCAGAAAGGCUUCAAGCCUGAAGCCUUUCUGAGGUGCACAUUUGUUG